CUUCGCUUUUACUUUGUCGUCGUUCAUCGAGAAUAAGACGCGAAGUCUUACGUCCGCCGCUGGCUCUAGAUUUGAUCCACGACAAAAGAGACUGCCUGGAUGCGCUCGACAGUGUCCUAUAUCCAUUCAUUAAUCGCAGUGGCGGGUUUCUUGCCACUGAACCUCGCCAUGGGCCUUGAAGCGCGACAUCCCCAGCAAACGCUCGCAAUGGGGUUCCUAGAGCAUCGUGCUGGACUUUCCCCGGCGCCAACAACAGCUCCCAGCGAGGAGUCAAGGCAGAUGAUGCUCGAAGCUAGGAGUCUUCCUCCCAAUGCAUGUGGAGUUCGCCGUCUUGAUAAUGGUACGUUCGAGACGUUCUCGUGCGUGAGCAACGAUUGUUAUAGCUCGGGGCCAUGGUUUGGAUGUCGCAACGUCCUCAAGACGCAGUGUUUUGAUGGGACCGCGCCUGUUUGCCAGCAGACGACUUCUUCGCUGGGCGCAAAAGCCCUUUGCUGCACUCGAUCAGGCCUGAGCCAGUUACCGUAUUGUUUGACACUCCUGAGACCCGACGACUCGGGACAGCAGACAUGGCUCCGAUGUGGCGACCCUGCCUACAGUGGACAAAGGAUCAUGGUGAUAGGUACGGAGUCCGACGACCCAGACGCGACCAGGACCGUAGAUUCUUCGGACACAGCGACAGCCACGUCACCUCCGUCCGGCUCUUCUUCGAACUCAACAGGUGCUAUCGUCGGAGGCGUGGUCGGUGGAGUUGCCGUGGUCGCCAUAGCGGUCUGCGUCAUCGUCUGGUUGGUAUUGAGGCGGAGGAAACGCUCGAGGGACGACGGGUCGCAGGUGCCUCUGACACCAGGCUCUCAAUCGCAGCAGACUCAGCCAUACUACUCUCAGGCUGGAUAUGGAGAGCAAGAGGACCCUUAUAAGGCGCAACACGCGCCGACGCCCUCGCCUACCCCUCUCGCUGAAGUACAGGGAAGUAACGUGGUGGACAACCGAAGACCGGCAGAGCUUGGGACUUGAGCCAUCGGAAGAUGAAGUGGGCGUUUGUGAGGCUGCACUUUGGGGGUCGUCAGAUUAUUAUACU